GGGGGAGAGGCCGGCAGUCAGUCCGCCAGUGGCGCUACUGUGGAGGAGAAACCAGGAGGAGCUGCUGAACAGAGACUGAGGAACCCUGAAGACGAGAGGAGAGCCAGAGGACAGCAGGAGGACAGCAGGAGGACAGCAGGAGGAGAGAGGAGGAGAAAGGAGCAGUCACGUGAUUUCCAAACUCUGCUUAGUGACGCUUCAAAAGAUCAAAUCUGUGUCAAGCAGACGGACUUGAGCGUAACAUCACUACUGAAAACAGGAGGAGUAACAACCAGAGGUAAAAACUGGGAGAAAAGGAGAAACUGAAGGAAGAGAAGAAAGAGGAGGAGGAGAGACGCUGGAGGAGUCAGAGACAGCAGGACGACUGAAAUCAUCAUCGUCGUCAUCGUCGUCAUUGUCAGAGAAGAAGAUGGCAUCUAAGUUCUGCUGGAUUUACCUUUGGUUCCUGUUCAGAAGCAUCUCAGCUGGCCUGGCUUCCUCACCGUACUACACGGUCCACCUCACCGGCGUCAGCUUCGACCAGGCCCUGCAGGAGUGUUCGCCCGGCAUCCUCACCGCCCUCGCCACCGAGCAGGAGGUCACGGCUGUCCUCGGGGUUGUCUCGGAGUCGGCGGCAGCUCUGCAUCACAGCCAGUUCACCUUCUGGGUCGGGCUCCGGAAGGUCAAGAACGAGUGUGUGGUUCCCACGCUGCCGCUGAGAGGGUUCAAGUGGACGGAGGACGGUGGUGAGGACUCGCAGGUGAGCCGCUGGGUGGAGGAGCCACAGCACACCUGCACCACCGACCGCUGCGCCGCGCUGAGGGGGCGGCUGGAUGGGACCGUGGUGACCAGCUGGGGUCUGAUCGCCGUCACCUGCAAGAACAGUUUCCAGUUCAUUUGUAAGACCCACGUUAACCCCGCUCCACCAGGACCAUCAAAACCAGAACUAAGACCACAACCAGCAACUCCAGAACCAGCAACUCCAGAACCAGCAACUCCAGAACCAGCUACUCCAGAACCAGAACCAGCUAUUUCAGAACCACCACAACCUGAACCUAAACUUCCGACCCUGGGGCCAAAACCAGGACAUGACCUGACUCCUGCACCAGUUCCUGAGCUGCCGGGACAGGAUCUUGAUCUCGGUUGGGAGGCAGGGCGGGGAUCGGGCUCGUGUCCAUCCCCCUCUGACAUCAGGAUCCGGUCCAUCAGUCCGGACUACAAAAACAGCAGCAGGAUCCAGGUCGAGUGCUGGUCCAACGUCCAGGUGGAGCUUCGCUGUACGGGCCAUCCCGCCCAGUGGCGCCUGCCCGACGACUCCCACCCAAACUUCACAGCUGUCUGUGUGCCGUGUAACCGCGGCUUCCAGAAAGAUGCCUCUGGACUCUGUGUGGACAUAGACGAGUGCAGCGGCGGCAGGCCCUGCCGGCACGCCUGCCUGAACACGGAGGGCUCCUUCAGGUGCGUCUGCUCUGACCAGAACGGGAAACAACACGACGAGGGCUCGCCGAAGUGUGCGGAUGAGGCGGCGGCAGCCGGUUUCCUGAUCCCGGUGCUGGCUGCCGUGGCGGCGCUGGUGGUGCUGUUGGUGGUCGUCGCGGUGACAGUGAAGUGUUGCCUGAUGAGGCGGUCGAAGAAACGUGCCAUGAAGAAGGCGGAGAAGAUGGCCAUGAAGAGCAAAGACAGCAAGGAUUCCUUUGAAACUGCCAAUGAGAAGGCAGCAGCAACAUGAGGGAGCUGUGAUUGGUCAGUUUGGAAGUGACAUCAUCAGUGUGUUUCCAAAAUUACUCAGACUUUCCAGGAAGUUAGAAAAAGUUUAUUUUGACUUUGAAAGGUUUUGUCAGAGAAGCUUUUUCUAAAGUUAGAAGCAGUUUGAGGUGAAAGGACCUUACCUGGAGACAGGUGAGUCUUUGUUACCUCAUUGGCUGAUUUGACUUCCUGGAAAAACAAAACAACAACAAACAAAGAAGAGCGUUUAGAAAACUUGGGACUUGUUUUUUUUUUAAUAAAGGAAAAUUGAUUAUUUAUAUGUGAAGACUGAAGAGUUCAAAAGAAUUCUUGAUUAGAAGAAAAAAAUGAAUGUAAUUAAUAAACAUUUUAUUAAAAAAUAGAGUAACAUUUAAUGAAUCUGUUUUUAGAGAAACAUGAAAUGAAAUCUGACCUUUAAUUUGACUUUAUUCAAAGAAGAAAACUUGUUUUCAUAUUUCCAGCAAUAAAGAUGUUUGUUGUUUUCAA